AUGGACCUUGCAGAUGAUUUGCGUGUAACCUUAGACCGAACCUUAGAAAUUGCAGUUGGUCUCGAAGAGGUAAAUACCCUAAUUCAUCCUAAAGGGCAAGUAUCCCAUGGGAGAAAACGAAUCCUAUCAAUAAACAAAGAAAUUAGAAGCCUAUCUCAUCAUAUAAAAGGAAAAUCCAGCUCGAUUACCAAAGAAAGUGACAUAAUCCGUCAACGACUAGUUGAAUCAGCUGCUAAAAAAGAAGACGUAAUUUUAGAUUCCCCUACAAUUGUAGUCAAAAAAAGGCUUAAUUUAACAAUACAAGAAACAAAUCAAAGACUAAGACUAAGCAGAGCUGGAAAAAGAACAAUCGGUCCUUUUAUAUCCGCAGAAGCUUUAGAUCCGCCACUAAUAAAAGCAAUAAAAUCCCAUAAUUGGAAAGAUGGAAAUAAGCCUUUAAAAGUAUUGAAAGAAGGAUAUCAAGAAAAACCGUUACCCUAUGUAUCUCUUAUAAGUGGAAAAGUAGAAAAGCCAAUUGAAUUGCCGAGCUAUGAAGAAUAUUUAGAAUCGCAAGGUGCCGAUUUUAUUAUAAAAAAAGGGAAAAAUGAGCUUUUACAUAGAAUUGAAAAAGCAGCUGAGCAGCUAUCAAAAUUAAAAGAAGAACUGGAAUUAAAGCUGAAAGUUGACGAUUUUAAAAGAAAUAACUUCAGGAGGAGGACUAUUACAGACCACCAAGGAUUAGUUUCCCCGAUACGAAAAAGAGAUAACGAACAAAUCAUGAAUAAAACUCAAGACUUAAAAAUCAUGAUGAAUAAAUAUUAUCCCGCAAGCCAGCGCACCCCAAUGCCUACUUCUAGACCUCGCACAAAGUUUUCUUUAUCCUCAGACGUUGAAUAUUCUUUAGAAGAGUCAUUAAGAUCAUUUUAUACGUCAAAAGCUGCAGAGAAUAAAAAAUUGUGUGAUAUUCUGAUGAAAAUGGACGCAGAUAGACCGAUUUCUAUUAAGAAAAAAAUUGCGCUGAUACAAGAUGAUAAAGAAGGGUACAGAAAUCAGCUUCAUUCAAUAGGAAAAUUUAAUGGAUUUAGAGGGAUUGUUGAAUUUCAAAAACGUGAAAAUCAAUAUAAAAACCAUAAGCAAGGGCUUAUUUAUCUAAAAAUUCUUGAAGAUUUUAAAUCAAAACGGCAUGAGCCUGCUAUUGAAGAAUUGGUGCUGCUAGAGCUUUGAAAACAAAUGGUUGAAGGCGGCUGACCCAUAGGCUCUUAUGAAUUUAGCAAACUUUUAGAAGUCCUUAACCCAGAAGAACUAAAAACAAGGAACCUCAAAAUCCUUAUCGAAAAAUUCCGUGAAGCUUUAUAA